AUGAAAAAUGGCAGAUUUACAUCAGUUACACACCGUGUAUUCUCAUCACUGAGUGACUAUGUUCCCUCCUUUGCUCCAAUCCAAACUUCGAACCAAACAUCCACUUCUCUGUCAUCAGCUCUACAACAUUACAUCAAUUCAGAUGACCCUUCUCAUGGCCUAAAGAUUCAUGCCCAUAUUCUCAAAACUGGCUUCAUACCCAAUACAAAUAUCUCCAUUAAGCUCCUCAUAUUGCACCUGAAAUGUAAGUCAUUAAAGUUUGCACGCCAGGUGUUCGAUGCAUUGCCUCAAAAGACUCUUUCUGCUUACAAUUACAUGAUUGGUGGGUACAUAAAGAUGGGAAAAGUACCAGAAUCUCUUCCUCUCGUACGUGAGCUCAUUUUUUCAGGUGAAAAGCCUGAUGGGUUUACAUUUUCAAUGCUUUUAAAGGCAUCUACACUUGCACAUGAGGACUUUCUACCGCAUAGUUUAGGACGAGUGGUUCAUGCUCAGAUAUUGAAGUCAAAUGUCCCACCAGAUGAUGUACUUUACACAGCACUUAUUGACUCAUGUAUUAAGAACGGUGACAUAUAUUUUGCUAGGAUGGUGUUUGAUUUGAUGUUGAAAAAGAAUGUGAUAUGUUCAACAUCAAUGAUUUCAGGAUAUAUGAAUCAGGGGUUGGUGAACGAUGCUGAAGAAAUUUUUAGCAAGACUGUUGAAAAGGAUAUAGUUGUAUUCAAUGCAAUGAUUGAAGGUUAUAGUAAAACACAUGAACAUGCCAGGAAAUCGUUUGAGGUUUACAUUGACAUGCAACGUAUGUGUUUUUCACCAAAUAUUUCAACAUUUUCCAGUGUGAUUGGUGCUUGUUCAGUGUUGGCAGCACUUGAAGCAGGACAACAGAUCCAAUGUCAACUUAUGAAGACUAAAUUCUUCACAGAUAUUAGAAUGGGAAGUGCUCUUAUAGACAUGUACUCCAAAUGUGGCAGAACAGACGACGCUCGUCAAGUGUUUGAUCAAAUGCGAGAAAGAAACGUCUUCUCAUGGACAUCUAUGAUAGAUGGAUAUGGUAAAAAUGGAUACCCAAGUGAAGCACUUAAGCUCUUUUGCAUUAUGCAAGAGAAACACCAGAUUCAGCCAAACUUAGUUACCUUUCUUAGCGCUCUCUCAGCUUGUGCACAUGGAGGGCUAGUAGAGGAAGGCUGGGAAAUUUUUGAAAGCAUGGAGAGAGACUACUCAUUGAAACCGAAAAUGGAGCAUUAUGCAUGUAUGGUUGAUCUGCUGGGGCGUGCAGGAAGUUUACUUCAGGCAUGGGAAUUCGUUAUGCAAAUGCCUGAGACUCCUAAUUCUGAUGUAUGGGCAGCUCUACUAAGCUCAGCCAAGCUUCAUGGCAAUGUUGAAAUGGCCUGCACGGCUGCCAAUGAACUAUUUAAGCUGAAUGCCAACAGUCGACCAGGGGCUUAUGUGGCAUUGUCUAAUACUUUUGCAGAAGCUGGGAAAUGGAACAAUGUUAGUGAACUUAGAGAGAUUAUGAAGAUAAAAAGAGUUAAAUGUAAAGGUAGCAGCUGGUUUGGGGCUGGUGAUGGUAGCUUAUGACAUUGUUUGUUUGGUCAAAGAAGUGCUUAAAAGUCGAUAACUAACGAUGAAUAUUGUAGGAUAUUGCUAUUAUCCCUGAAGAACAUCACCAACACAACAAGGGUUGACAAUGUCAUUGUCAAGCCAUUCAUGUUUGAA